AUGGACAACCGCGCUGACGACGGAUACCCUCUGCAAUCCACGGAUUCCCGCUCUCCCCGUCAAACCACAGAUUCCUACCGACCGGGUGACCAACAAAAUCAAAGAGGCAUGGACGGAGACGCAACGUCAGAGAGGCCAUCCGCGCCAGUAUCCAAGCGUGAGAGAAUGCAAGAGCGACACCAGCGCCGCAAGCGCGGCCGAACACCUCCAUCCGUAUUCUCGCGCCGGAACCGCUCGCGCAGCCCAGAUGGCUCAGCACCCCGCGACGACAGGGAGAGACGACGCUCCCGAUCCCCUCUAGUGCCCCGUUCUCCUUCACCCGAGGCUCCUCGCCAGCGCAAACGACCAGGCGGUGGUGCGCGCCAGGGCCUUGCAGACCGUGAAACACUUCGCCGGAGACAGGAAGAGCGCGAGCGCGCUGAGCAGGACGACGCCUUGCGCAAUUCUCGUGACCGCGGCGUGACAGAUAUGGUUCGACAACAUUACAACGCGGUCCCUGAGCGUGGGCGUGAGUGGCGGAAGACUGAGAGUAAGAUUAAGGGUCUGCGGAGCUUCAACAAUUGGGUCAAGAGUACUCUGAUUCAGAAGUUUUCACCCGAUGAGGAGUUCGCCGCGAGGUUUAAUGAUACCAAGGAUUGGGCGGAUGACAGUGGGCCCCCGCCUGCUGAUGACAAGCGGCUGCUGGUCUUGGAUCUGGGCUGUGGAAAAGGUGGUGAUCUGGGCAAGUGGCAGCUAGCGCCUCAGAAUGUGGACCUAUACGUCGGUCUGGAUCCUGCCAAUAUCUCUAUUGAGCAAGCGCAGGGCCGAUAUGAGCAGAUGCGCUCUGGCCGUGGUCAGCGGGGCCGCCGUCCUCCCCAGCCGAUCUUCCAUGCUGAGUUUUACCCCAAGGACUGCUUUGGAGAGUGGUUGGGCGAUAUCAACAUCAUUCAACAGGUUGGUAUUGAUGCGAAUGCCGGACCCGGAGGGUCGAUCAUGGCCUCGCGCUACGGCGGUGGUGGCUUUGAUGUUGUCACCUCCAUGUUCGCCAUUCACUACGCUUUUGAAACCGAAGAGAAGACUCGUCAGAUGCUCAGCAAUGUUGCAGGCUGCUUGAAGAAGGGAGGUCGCUUCAUUGGUGUCUGCCCCAACUCGGAUGUCAUCGCCAGCCAGGUGUCCAAUUUCCACAAGAAGCGCAAGGAACGUGAAGCUGCCAAGCCUGCUGAGUCCGAGGGCCCUGAGGAUGGUGAGGUCGAGGAAGACGAGCGGGCCUCGUGGGGCAAUGAUAUCUACCGAGUUCAGUUCCCUGGCGCAACACCUGAAGAUGGCAUCUUCCGUCCACCUUUUGGUUGGAGGUACAGCUAUUUCAUGCGGGAGGCAGUUGAGGAGGUGCCGGAAUACGUCGUCCCAUGGGAGGCUUUCCGAGCUUUGACCGAGGAUUACAACCUAGAGCUUCAAUACCGCAAGCCUUUCUUAGAUAUCUGGGAAGAUGAGAAGAAUGACCGUGAUCUGGGUCCUUUGAGUGAGCGCAUGGGUGUCCGGGAUCGCUCGACUGGUGCCCUGGCUAUGACAGAGGAGGAGAAGGAGGCAGUUAGCUUCUACCAUGCCUUCUGCUUCUACAAGGUUUAA